AUGCAAAAAAAACAAAAUAUAUCAUUUUUUUACCACAAAUAUGGUUCACAUAGCGGUACUUUGGGACUGUAUUUGGUCGAGGCCCAUGGUGAGGUGGAUCGUGUGAGAAGAUUAUGGUGGAGUUUUGGGACUUAUGGGAAUACAUGGCUUCGAACUGUUGUUUAUUUAGUAAACAUCACAACCAGCUAUUAUUUACAGUUUGAGGCUCGGAAACUACUGUCGGUAAAAGGAGACGUGGCGAUUGAUGAUAUAGCUAUGAGUCCAAAAUGCUUCGGCUUAGAUGUACCAGAAGACGUACUCAAGGGAUACAAGUAUGAAGUUGCUGGUACAAUAAAUAAUACGGCCACACUUAUGAAGAUUCCCAUCAAUCCGGAUUUCCGAAACAAAAUCGUUUAUAAAUUUACGACUUGUGGAUCAAAGGGUAGACUGGGCCCUAGUAACCGGUCGUGCGAAGCUGCAUACACAAAUAGUACUGUGUCUGUGAUAGUGGUUAACGACACAUACAUGGAUGGAGUACAGAUUUGGCAUAUACCUGAGACGGGAGUUUAUACUAUAAUAGCUAGAGGAGCUCGAGGCGGAAAGGGUGCCGACGGAAUGGGAAUUUCGAAGGGAGCCACAGCAAUCGCGGUUGUUGAGUUGUCAAAACAUCAACAGUUGCACAUAUUGGUCGGUCAGGAAGGCGGAGACGCGUGCCGGAAAACGUUUGAAAAACGCGACGACGCGUGCCAGCAAGAACAAUACUUCAGGACCGGUAGCGCCCUCAAAGAAUUGCACGACUUGCGCCUGCUCAACGGCGGUGGAGGCGGUGGAGGUGGAUCUUUUGUUUUUACAGGCUCGCGGGAAGAAGGAUACUUACCUUUGGUGAUUGGCGCUGGUGGAGGUGGUUUGGCACACGGACCAUUCAAGGACGACAGGAGUCAACAUGGUAAUGGUACCAACAUGAGAUUACCAGCCAUAACCGCACCAUCUUUUGGUGAAAAUCCUGCAGGUUUGUGUUGA